AUGUCCAGUAAUGCGAGCUCCGACGCCGAGGGUUCCGCCGUGACGGACUCGGAAUCGGACCCGGAAAGCUGGAACUACGAUGAGGAGCAGCCACUGGUCAACUAUACGGCCGAGGUGGAGCACAUCAUACAGUCGAAUGUCCACGUGACGACGGCCAACGCCAUCAAGCUGAACCAGGAGUACCAGCUGACGCUGAAGCUGAUGCGCACCAAGCUGGCAGCGCUGCUAGGCCAGUGUCGGGAACGGUUGCGCCAUAUCGACGGAAAAAUAGAAGACUGCCAAGGCCGCGCCGAACGGACAAAGUCCGUCGGCAAACCGCGCAUCUGUGGGUACAUCUGUGGGCAGCCGUUCUUCAAAGACCACGCGCUCUACCCGGGCCCCCACAACGAGGACUAUCUGCGGCGGAAGAACGUGGCGAAAGAGUUUUUCCCCCUCGACCUGUACGAGGCAAGCGACGCACUGUGGACGGUGAAGGACAAGCUGAACGUGAAACGGGCGGUCGCGGCCCAGAUGAGGGAAUUCUUGCAGCGCGAAAACGCGCUCCAGGCGAAGCGCUGCAACAACUCGACGACGGCGCAGCGCUUUCAGCGCGAACUGGACGGGCUCGGAUCGCUCACGGCCGAGCAGCUGUGGCCGAGGGUGACCGCGUACGAUGGCAGCUACGGGGGCCAACGGUUUGUGGUGGAUUGGUUGAAAAUAUCGUACAUUCGCGUCAGCCAACGCCACACACCGGAGGCCUGCGAGGGCAUCUGGAACAACUAUCUGCGGCCGGGGCUACAGCGGAGCGCCUGGAAGCCGGACGAAGAGUCGCGGCUCAUCGAAGCGGCUGCGCGGUACCGGUGCCAGGAGUGGGCCCGGAUCGCCGAGUACGUGCAGGAUCGAUCGGAGUACCAGUGCUUUGUGCACUAUCAGGCGCACUUUUCGCCGAUGGCCCAGAACAAAAAGAUGCCCUGGUCCGCGGAGGAGGACCGCCGGCUCGUGGAGACGGUGGAGCGGCACCGCAUCGGCAACAACAUCAUCUGGAACAAGGUGGUCGAGGGUAUGCCGUUCCGCAACAAGAUACAGGUGUACAAUCGGUACCGGUUUACGCUUACGCGACCGCUAAAGAACAGCAAGUUCAGCGCCGAAGAGGAUUGCCUUAUCCUGGCGUACGUGGAGCAGUACGGUACCGACUUCAAGAGCUUCCCCGAGGUGGCGCUGCUGCCCGGCCGCACCGUACGGCAAGUGUAUGCCCGGUACAGGAACACGCUGAGCUACGUUAACAAACGGGCGUCCUGGAGUUUGGCCGAGGACGAGCGACUGAUGCGCUACGUCGAGCCGUUCCUCGCCGACGGCGGUGCUCACAAGAUUUCGUGGUCCGACUGUGCCACGGCGCUCGGGAACCACUCGAGGCUGAGCUGCCGGACGCGUUACUACACGAUCGAACGGUUCCUCACCAAGCACCCGAACGCCAGGCUGGAAGAUGUACCGCGCCGGGACACGAAAAAGCUGUCCUCCGCGGUGACGAACGAGAACUGGAGGCGAACGAUCUACGACAUCCGAAGCAGCAACCCGGCGGCCGGUGCACGUCAGUUUUACGACACUCUGGCGAACACCGCCGAGCGAAAGCUCUACGAGCAGAUGAUGUUCAGUUUCCGGUACAAGUUUGGCUAUCGGCUGGAUGUGCGGUCACGCCGGAAGCACGUGUACGCGGGGACGAAAAUGUUGCUCCAUCUGCUGCACGGGUUCUAUCGGCAGGUGGAGUGCUCCAAGGUCGAGGCGUGCAACGUGCCGCUCAACGAGACGGAGGUGUCCACCCUGUUCACCGUCAUACAGUCGCCGCUCGAUUGGCCCCGGCUCGAGGCAAACCUGCGCUCGGAUUUGGCACUGCGGUCGACGGACCCGUUUGUCUGUCGCUUGCCGCCCAGCUACAACACGGUGGUCGGGUUGCGCGGUGUGUGCCUGAAUGCGUCCUACGAGCAGAACGAAAGGCGAAACUAUGUCCCGGAACAGAAGCGAGCGCGCGCGUCGGAUAAGCAACCGUACGAUGAGGCGAUCGCACGCUUCGAAGAGCGUUUUCGUAUGAUUUUCCACUGGACCAUACUGCUGACCAUGCUGAACAUCGACGAUGUGGUGCUCCAGCAGCCACCGAAAGCAACCGGUGAUCCGGCAGCGGCGGACAGUGAUACCGAUUGGGAUUUGGACGACGAUCUACUCAACCAGCAGGGUCUGGUGGCGGUAGUGUUUGGUGACGGCGAAUCCAGCCACGCUGGUGCCAAUCUCGAGCCGACGCUUUCUGCUGACCAUCUGGAACCGUUACCGCUUGAACGGUACAUGCGGCCACCGGGAACCGCUGGCACAGCGCUGGUGCCAGUGAACGCCGGCAGCCUCUGCGACGCCGUACAAAACAUUACAAUCAUUGAUCCCAAGGACAUGCCGGCGGCGGCGGUGGUAGAGAGCACCGCUCCGAGCACUGCUACCAAAGCAAACAAACGCAGGGCGCGACGACCGAAGAAAUCGUACGAGUCGUCGAGAAAGGUAAACAACCGGAGCGUGGCCAAGCAAACGGCCAGCAUGCUCACGGCGGCACCGGAAACCAAAUGUUCGAGAAACGAUCGCACCGAGCCAGCUGCUGACGCGACCGAGUUACCAUCGCCUGCGGUUACCGUGGAAACGAUCCAAAGGAAGGCGCGCAAACCAAGACAAUCGAAGCCACCCAAGCAGCACCAAGAGCACGGGCAGCCUUUGCCGUUGGACCAGCCGCUGAUGGCCGCAACCGCUUCUUGCGCGGCACCAGCCUCCGAAUGGGUACCGGCGGCCCAUUGCCAGAACGUGGCGAAUGACGUUAGCGCGGGACAGUGCAGUACGAUCGAAGUAGUCGACCUGCACUCCAAGAACGAUCGAACGAUCGAAGUAGUCGCUGCACUCCAAGAUCCGCGGCUUGACUGCCGCGAAAAAGUACAGAGCCUCCAAACCGACCUCAGCGAUAUGGUUCACGGAAUCGUCUCUGUGCAGCAAGCUGAGGAACCGCCGCCACCGCCGUCGCAGCAGGCGACGGAACAAAACGUGCAACAAAACGUUGAGCUCGUCGAAGGCUCCACGUCCCCCGAUGGCCAUUACGACGAUCUUAUGACGCAGGUGGACGAAUCUUUCACUGCUGUGGACAUAUUCCGCCUCCUAAGUGCCCGGCGGAAGCAGGCGGAAGGAACCGAUUCGGAAACCGACGAAGCGGACGAGCCGAGACAAUAA